AUGCGUUCCACGCCUCGUUAUCACGUCACGCAAGCAGAUUCCUGUAUGCAGGACAGCGGCAUCUUGUGGGCAACUAGGGAUGAAAAUGUUAUUGCUGAUGAUGACUACUGUACAAAAUAUCUUUGUACUCAAGUAAAUGGUUUCUACAUCACCAAUAUUAAAAGAGACACCUGUGACUAUAGCAGCAGUGCAGACUGUGGACCUGGUCAGGAGUUUGUGAAAGAUCCAGGUCAGUGUUGUGGAAGAUGCAAACAAACUCAGUGCGUGGUUAUUUCUGCAAAUGGAACUGUCAUUCUCCUGAUGGAAGAACAGACAAUUCCCUCACCUGAUGACAAAUGUUUAUACUACACCUGCAUGAUCUCAAUGGGGAAUCUCAGUGCUGUAAAGCUAAUGAAAAUCUGUGAGCUUCAAUCCCAAUCAGACUGUGGAAUUGGUUACCAGUAUCAAGUACCCUCUGAUCAGUGCUGUGGAAAAUGUGUGCCACAUCUUGUGUAUACUAACUCCAGAUGGAAAGACCAUACUCCUAAAAGUACGGAAAGUGAAAAUUGGAAAUCUGAUGACAGUUGCACCACUGUUACUUGUCAAAAAAUAGAUGGGCAAUUUUUUUCAUCUUCAGUGACAGAGACGUGCACUUACACCAGUGCAAAUGACUGUGGACUUGGUUAUAUAUACCAGACUGUUCCCAAUCAGUGCUGUGGAAACUGUGUCCAGGGGUCAUGCGUGUUCACUACAGCUAAUGGAGUACUUACAACCCUAGAGGAUGGAAAAACCUUACCUGAACCUAGCGACAUUUGUAUAGUUUAUAACUGUAAGAAGACAAAUGAACAAUUUUCAACUUUGGUACUAAAUAAGAAAUGUGAGCACGUGAGUGCUCAGGACUGCCAAGCUGGAGAAGAAUAUCAGAAGGUUCCUGAUCAGUGCUGUGGCCAGUGUGUCCAGACACAAUGCCUGAUUAUAGUUGCUGGAAAAGUUAUCAAAACUUUGACUGUAGGGGAAACCUGGACUUCAACAAGUAAUGCCUGUAUAUCCUAUGGCUGUACCAGGUCAAAUAGACAGAUUUAUUCUACACUUAUGAACAAGACAUGUGAAUCUUUGACGCCACAGGAAUGUGAAAGUGGCACCUUUCAACUAAGUGCAGAUGGCUGUUGCAACAAAUGCAUACCUCCCAAACCCUGCAGAGCAGUGAAUAACACCAUAACGCUGAGUAAAUCUGACUGUGAGCUUCAAGAGAAUGUUCCAUAUUGUGAUGGUGUUUGCAUUACAAAGCCAGUUCCCAUGUUAUCUUCAGGCAAGGGAAAGGAGUGUGUGUGUUGUGGUAUACUGAACUCAAUUAUGAAAAUCGUGAAACUAAAGUGUCCUGAUGGAAGAACAAUUGACUAUAAAUAUGAAUAUAUUGAACAAUGUGGCUGCGAAACUCUGCUGUGCAAGAAUCCAUAGUUUUUGAGAUGUUUACAAAAAAAAGCACACUAGAAAUGCAAGCAAAUACAAAACUCAUGCUGCUUGUCGCUUUUUAUACAUUUCCUAUUCUUUAAGCUACUUUCUUGAUAGGUGAUUUUAAAGUUUGGGCUGUUUUACAUCAUUCAAUCAUAGUCUACUGUGUGCGCCUUCAGUGUGUUUAAUUCAUACUUCAGCAAACUCCUUCACAUGAUUGCAGAUACACCUUUCUCCAAAGCCUUUGGACUACUUUUUAUGUAACAUUAUCUCCAUGUGAUCCUGAAAUUAACAAAACCUUAUCAUUGCUUCACUAUACAUUGGUAACAGCUAGUGAUCUGUGAUUAGGUGAAUAGGUGACCAUUAACACUAUAUUCAUAGAUAAAUAUGAAUUUCAGAUUUUAGAUUACUAAUUAAUAAAAACAAACUACAGUAUAUAAACAUGUAAAAUUGUGCAAGCACAGAACAUGAAACUAUGUUCCCAAAAUAUUUAACAUUCAUUCCGAUUUGAUUUCUUAUCA